AUGAACUCGAAACGACCAUAUCACGAGGGUGAAUCUCAGUCGGGAUAUUCAAAGAGACCGAAACCGUUUGACGUCAACAGUCGCGCUGACGCUGGCAGCAAUCCGGCCCCGCACAACGCACUCCGCUCCUCGGUGAUGCACAAAUAUACGAUAGCCUGGAUCUGUGCGCUACCUCUGGAACUCGCCGCGUCGCGAGCCAUGCUCGACGAAGAGCACGAAGCGCCAGUCAUCCCAGCAAGCCACAACAACCAAUAUGUGCUGGGGCAUAUCGGUCAUCAGAACGUCGUCAUGACGUGUCUUCCAAGACAGUACGGCAAUAACAACGCAGCACUUGUUGCAACCAACUUGAAGAGAAGCUUUCCAGGGGUCAUAGUCAGCUUGAUGGUGGGUAUCGGUGGCGGGUCGCCCAGCAUGGCCGACUUGUACCUUGGCGAUGUCGUUGUCGGAACCAGAGUCAUGCAGUAUGAUCUGGGGAAAAUCCUCUCAGCGGGAUGGUUCCAGUCAACAGCUGACCCCAAGAUUCCUUCGUCACGACUACGUUCUACCAUCACAGGGUGCCCUCGCCCUACGAAAAAGGUUAUCAGAAAUACCCUCCGAGCUAAGCGAACUCUUCAAACGGAUAUUGACCCGAGAUGGAAACAAUCCGGAGUUCUUACUACUCUGCGUUCUAUGGAUACUUUGCGCGAAACAGCCACUUUCUCCGACAGAAUUCCGUCAUGCCAUGUGGGCGGGGUUACUAGAAAAAGGUCUCGUCGAUGA